AUGAGGUGUGACGAGAUUCUUCAAUGGCUUCCCACGUUUCGCUUCCUAGUAUAUCGUGGGAAUGCCUCCCAACUUGCAGCUGUUGAGAAGGAGACUAUUGCUGAGACGGUGAAUGCCGGCAACAAGGUGAGCAUUGUCCUGACGAACUAUGAGACGAUGGCAAGCCACGACGCCUUCCUCGGGAAUUUCCCAUGGUGCUGCCUGAAGCUGAGUUGGUUUGGAUUUCUUACGAGAUGUGGCUGCAAGUGGAGAGAGUGGAUAGAGUCUGAUCAAUUUUGA